CCCAUUCAGCGACGGGCACUCUUACUAUUGGUUCUGCUCCCGGAACGCGCGCGCUCGCCCCCCCCUCAUCCGUCUCGGUUGAUGCGCAAGACAGCACGAGUUUCCCAACCGCCGUGGUCAUCAUGUCUGCGGACGAUCAAGCGUUUCUAGACGUGCUCUCGUCCCUGCCAAACGAAAUCCAGAAGUACUCGAGGGAUGUCGCCGACUACAUCGACAGGCACGUCGAUCAAAUAGCCGAUACACUACGAGAUGCCCUCGCCAAAGCCCAGUGGGUGCCCGAGCAGUUCCGCCCACGGCCGCCCCCGCCGCCCCCGAUCGUCACCGUGCCGGUAUCCGCGCUCGAGAGGGUCCAGAACUGGAUCUCCAGGCACAAGAUCUUAGUUGGCCUUGUCGCUGUCACCACGGGCGUCGUCGCCUACCGGACAUACCGGAGCACCGCGCAAUGGCGGAAGACACGGCGAGCCCGACGCUCCCGCAGCGGCGGCCGGAUGGACGUGGUGGUCAUCGCCGGCUCUCCGGCGCUGCCAUUGACGAGGUCGCUGUCGCUGGACAUGGAGCGGAAAGGCUUCGUUGUGUUUAUCGUGUGCAACAGCCAUGAGGAUGAGAUCAUGGUUCAGAACCUCGCGCGGCCCGACAUUCGACCGCUGAGUAUCGACAUCACCGAUCCCCCGAGUGCCGGCACCUCCAUCGACGCGUUCGCCCGCUACCUGCAGGCUCCUCAUGCCGCGAUUCCCAACGGCAAACGGCAUCACCUCUUACUGAAAGCCGUCAUUCUGAUCCCGUCGCUCAAGUACCAGACCUCACCCAUCGCCACCAUCCCGCCUUCGAGUUUCGCCGAUCUUUUCAACACCCACCUCCUCCAACCGAUCCUCACCAUCCAGACCUUCCUCCCGCUCCUGACCACCCGCCUCAGUUCACCAUCCGAGAAGGAAAGGCCGAGUCCCAAAGUGCUCGUCUUCACGCCCUCCAUCAUCUCCUCCAUCAACCCGCCCUUCCAUGCUCCCGAAGCGACGGUCUGCUCCGCCCUGUCCGCCUUCACCGAGGUCCUGACGGCCGAGCUGCGCCCGCUCGGGAUCCCCGUGACGCACGUGCAGCUGGGUUCCUUUGACUUUGCGGGCUUCACCCCGGCGGCCAACUCUCGGCUGGUCCAGCCCCAUGGGCUGCUGGCGGCCCCCGAGGAUCCCGAGGCGCUGCCCUGGCCUGACUCGGCGAGGCAUGCGUACGGCAAGAACUUCGUCUCGCAGUCCGGGUCGGCCAUCAGCGCUGGGCGGAUCCGGGGGCUGCGGGGGAGCUCGCUGAAGGAGCUGCACAAUGCCGUCUUUGACGUGAUCGACGGGUCGAUCACGAGCGGCACGGUGCGGGUCGGGCUCGGAGCCAGCGUCUAUGGCUUCGUCGGCCGGUGGGUGCCGAGGGGGCUGGUCUCGUGGAUGAUGGGCAUCAGGAAAGUGGAUGAGCUGGCGACUUGGCAGGGCAACAACGGCUCGUCUGCGUUUGGAAGUCCCAAAUCCACGGGGAGCGAGGGAGCAGGGAACGGCGAUUCGUUUGUUGCGGUGCAGCCCCUGGAGCAUGCUGGAGAGGCAAAUGUAUGGAGGGAGGCCUGAUUAACUCGGAUUGACGCAAUUAGAGCUUGGAUGACCAACAUCAAAGGAGAGAUCAAGGAGGGUACAUAUAUAUGUAUAUACGGGUAGUUACUGAUGAUACAGCCGGUGCCGGCACACCUCGCUCAGUAGGAACACUCACGACUCCCGAAUGCAAACAGAAAACACACAAAAAUCGUACCAAAUGGUCCCGAGGGCAUCGAUGAUGAUAAUAUAAGCAGAGUAGACGUUGACGCGCUCUUCUGCUUGGUGAUGAUGAUGAUGAUGAUGACGACGUCGUUAGGGACGUCGUUUCAAUGUCCCCUCCCCCUGAAGCGGCCGCCUUUCC